AUUGCAUGCUUGUAUCAGCUACAGUAAGUUCACCAUGAAGCUCUUGAUAUUGGCUUUGUUCGUUGUUGGUGCCUAUGGAUGUGGGCUACCCACCUUCCCACCCAUUGUGAACAGGGUGGUUGGAGGUGAUGAUGCUCGAGCCAACAGCUGGCCCUGGCAGAUCUCUCUCCAGUACAAAAGUGGCUCCAGUUUCUAUCAUACCUGUGGAGGAACCCUGGUUGCUGACCAGUGGGUUCUUACUGCAGCUCACUGCAUCGGCAGUCGAACCUACAGAGUGUAUCUUGGCAAACACAGCCUGAACACUGCCAACGAGAAGGGUUCCAUUGCAAUGGAUGUUGAGAGGAUCUUUGUUCACGAGCAGUGGGACUCACAGAGAAUCAGGAAUGACAUUGCCUUGAUCAAGCUGAAGAGCCGUGUACAGAUUUCCGAAUCCAUCAUGCCUGCCUGUUUGCCUGAGAAUGAACUGGUGCUGCCCGGUGGCACCCCCUGCUAUGUCACUGGCUGGGGACGUCUUUGGACUGGAGGCCCCCUUGCAGAUAUACUGCAGCAGGCUCUGCUCCCCAUAGUCGACCAUGCUACCUGCAGUAAGCCUGACUGGUGGGGCAGUUUGGUCACUGAGAAAAUGGUCUGUGCUGGAGGAGAUGGUAAGCUGUCCAGCUGCAAUGGUGACUCUGGUGGACCUCUGAACUGUAAGAGAUCUGAUGGUGCCUGGAUGGUUUAUGGUGUUGUAAGCUUUGGCUCCAGUAUGGGCUGCAACUACUACAAGAAGCCUUCAGUUUUCACCCGUGUUUCUGCUUACAUCCCUUGGAUUAACAAUGUAAUGACCACAUAUUAAACUGAAGUGUGCUCCAUGAACAAAUAAAAAUAACUAAUCAGUAAAAGAGA